UUGUCCUUCUCUCAAACAUAACGUUAACUUGUAUUUGUGUAGCACAUCUGACGGGCGAAGCUGAUAUAUAUCAUUCAAACCCAUCCGAAACCCUUCAUUGUGUUGCUUGUCAAGUGAUGUUUUCUUUUGACAACCCAUAUUAGCACUGGCACCCCUAGCCUCGAAGCUUAGCUAUCAGGAUGUUUAUCGGAAUUAAUUUUGAUGUGGCUGUCAUUAUAUUUUAAUCCACCCUUAAAACAUUUAGUAUAAUUUAAUACGUUGUAUGCACAAGCGAGGGAAAGUGGAUUGACUACAUUUCAAUGGAGACGCUGUCAAAAACACUCGGUGCUGAUGCUACGCGCGAGAAGGAGCUUUGUCCACCUCCAGCACCCAGGGGAGUAGUAUCUGACAGCAUCUCCCUCCCAUCCUACAGAGAGUAUCCUGCUCACCGUCCCUUCACCAGUACACUUGUGCAUCACACAACCCAAACACGCACACAUCUGUCAUGUCGACCACCAUCACCCAGCAAGGCAUUCCCAGAGACCAACUGUACAGAGAUCCUAUCUGCUCUGAGGAAUCUCCAGGAAAAGAUCAGGAGGUUGGAGUUGGAGAAAGACAAUGGAGAGCUAAGGCUGCACACUAUGGGGAAAGAGGCCUCGUCCACACAUCUGCAGAGUGAUAAAGUCACACAGAAAUUCUUGAAGGAUCCCAAAGACACAGAUAGAGACAGAAAUGGCAAUCAAGUGUUGAUCACCCACCUGGCUGCAGCAGAGUCUCGAUGUGUUAAGCUGGAGCGACAACUGGAUCACAUGAAGAGGAUGUUGCGCAGUGCCAAGGCCGACAGCCUGAUCCAACAGCAGGUUCCCGAUGAGACAGCCAAGUCAGCUGAUCCACAGUGUGACACACAGUCAGAGCGUGCCCAGUUAGAGAAGCUGGACCGACUGGAGCAGGAGUAUUUUAGGCUGACGCGCACCCAAAACAAUGCUACGCUGAAAAUUCGGCAGCUGGAAAUGAAACUCCAGGAGGAGGAGCACCAGAGAAAGCUUGUCCAGGAUAAGGCCAAUCAGGUUCCUCAGCUACAGACAGGUUUGGAGACCAACAGGAUGCUGCUGCAGUCAGUGUCACCUCGCCUGUCUUCCAGUCAGUCCAAAGAGAAAAAGUCCCAUUCAAAGAAAUCUUCACCACAGCAUUCUUCCUUCACACAGCCACACUAUAGGCUGAGCCUUAGGGAUGUACCUUUUGUUGCAGGAACGUCGGCAGGCUGCAGCCACUCGGUCCGAGCUAACGUCCAGUCCGUUUUGUCUCUCCUGAAGCGACAUCAGCCUCAUCUCUGCAACAGCCGUGUCCUCUCUAACAGCUGUGAAACGGGUAGCGGGAGGGAUUCAGAUAGCUUCUUGUCUUCCUCCUCUGGCAGUGGUGAAGAGCUGUCAGAGCUUCUUCAAGCACUUCACGAGGAGCUGCGACUUAUGAGCUUAGAGCAGGAGGAGUUGAUGAGGCAGGUAGAGGCAAGUGUUUCUGACCAGGAAAGAAAAGAACUCCAGCAGGAGCAGGAGAGGCUGCUACUGAAAAUGGAGAGGAAAGGAGAGCAGAUCAGUAUGCUGUACAAACACAAAACACAGAUAAAGAAGUUAAGGAAAGAAGGUAAAUCCAGGCCGAACCGCAGGAAUGAGGUGAGAGUGACGACCACAGUUUCCACCAGGGGUCGCUCUGGUGCAGCAGUCAAUGUGAGACCAGGAGAGAGGAGCCAGAGGAACCUGAGGCUGCUGAGGGACAUGAGGGCUCUGCAGACCUCACUGUGGACCUGAAUCUCACCAGGACUGAACACACACACAGAACCUCAAGCUAAUGUUGUUGGUGCUAUACACCUACCUUUGGUUGUUAUUUCACCUUCCACACAGUCCCUGACAGAUAAACACUAAAGAAUAUCCUUUCAUGAACAUAUCCCUCGUGGAAAAUAUAUUUUUUACUGUUUGAGCAACAUGCAACAGAUCCAAAAAGUGUGGGUUUUAAACCAUUCAGAUGUUUAUACCAUUCCACCACCAAGUGCAUUUUAUCAAAAAAAAAAGGAAAAUGGAGAGCUUUAAUUGACUGAUUCUUUAUAAAUACCUCAGAAGAAACUGUAUUUUUUCAUGAAGCAUGUUUGCUCAAACAUUUGGCUGUAUCAGUUUUCUUUUAAAUGAAGUCCUUCACCAGCAGAGGGCGUAGUAGUUAUAGUUACAGCUGCACUGUCCUAUACUGUAAGUGAAAAUCUACCAAAUAGUGCUGGAAACUAUUAGAUUUUCUUGUAGUUUUUGGGGGAUUGGAAGUACAUUUUACAGUACUGGAUACCCUAGAAAGAAGAAUAUUUUUAGUUUUUAAAAAUAUUUUGUGUUGAAAGAUUCCUGGGUUGAUUAAUAGUUACAGAUCAUAAAGUGGAUGCAGGCACCGCCUCUAGCAGUGUAAAGAAACUGUAGUUAUGAAAUGGUUAAAUCGAUAUGACUGUAUGUGAAUUACCUCAUGUGCUGAAGGACCUAAAAUACACUGUGCUGUACUUGUAUUGCAGUCUCUAUACAGAAUGUGUGUAUGUUGUUGUGAUUAUAACAUUUAUAAAUAUUUAUACAUUAUGCAAGAAAAUGUCAAUAUAGUUGGAAAAUCAUCGGUACAUAUUUUUGAGGGGGGAUUCCAUUUCUCUGAGUUAUAAAGUAUUUAUGUUUGCAUAUGUCUACAGUACUGUUUUGUGUUGUUUUUUGGCUUUGUUUUUAGCAAACAGCAUUAGCACAUUGCAUUUAAUUCAAGAUAUUCCAAUAACCCCCUGUGCCCUUGUACAGUACCUGUACCCUGCUGUGCUCCUGUUGGGCUCUUGGCUUUCACAUAAUUGUCGUUUUUACCUUCGAUGCUGGUAUCAUGGACCACCAUCGAAACUUCAGUAGACAUCAGACCAUAAUAAAAUCAUAAGGAUAAAAACAAAAAAAUAUCUGCAGAUUAUUACUUAACGUUUAUAAUUCAUUAUUUUAUGCAAGACUACAUUUAGCUUUAUACCUUCAAGCAAACCAAUGUAAUUCAUUGUGAGACAAAAGUAAUGAUAGUGUAGGAAACUUGUCAAAUAAAUCUGUAAAUCCAAUAAUUAAUGCAUCACUUUCUGGUGUUUCUUUUUUCCCCCAAAAAUACAUUUUCUGCUUUAAUCCUUUAUUAUGAUACAAAAUGUUUUCCGCCAUCUAAAGGACAGAGAAUCAACAGCUGGUUAUGGGUGCCAUGGAAACCAAUUGAAGCAAAUAGUGAUGGUUAAUGACAAAUGGCUGAUUACAAAUAAAUGAUCAACCAAGGUGCAGUGCAUUUGACUCAUGACAAUGCUCUUGAGCAGCAGUCAUAGAAUAAGAGCUUUUUUGUAGAUGGUAUCAUUCUCCGUGAAUUACAUCAGAUUCUUUGAUCACCGUCUCUGCAUUGUCAAAGUUUCCCUUAAGUAAAGAUGGAAAAUGUUUCUGUAGCAAAUAAAGUGUUACAUUUAUGU